AUGAGCUGUUCUGCCGGAGUCCAGAUCUUGGCCGAGGGAGAAACGCUGAUUGACUCGUAUUGGUGCUCGUUACCAACAAUGAGUCCAAAGAUCUCGUCCCAGAUGCCGUUAUCGAAGAGCAGGUUUUUGGGAUCCGUGGCCAGCGUCUUUGGGCUGUUCAGUUCCAAGACGGAUCUUCCGUUAUCGUACCGGUCAAAAGCUGGCGAGGAAACGGCCGACUUGAUGGAGGGAAACGAUGGGACCUCGGGAGAUAACACAGAGGUGGGUUCGGUGAAAGACGACAACGAAACAACCUGCGGCUUGAGCACCGACGAAUCGACAAGCGAUGAGGUCUCUGAGAUGAUCGACGUUCCAGCUGCGAGCGGGGCCGAGUCUUUGUUCUUGUGUCUGUUGAAAGGGGGCACACUGUCGGUGAACUCGCAUUUCCAGUUCAUUUUGGCACACAGCCGGCACGGAGGCUCGCCUUCAAGGACGCAUCCUGAACGACGCUUACGACACCUGUCGCACGGCCGCACUUUACGGGACUUGUACGGUCUCUGUGGAUUUCCCAUGAAAACGGUGGGUAGAAUCGACAUCGAUACUCCCUACGAGGAGGUCAUUGAGCGGAUGAUCAAGUUGUUGGACGAGGCCCAUGCUAACGGGGUGAAAUUAGUCAACUUCCCAGAGCUCACCUUCACCACGUUCUUCCCGAGAUACGUUUUCCCAUUCGGUCCCGAGCUGGACAAGUGGUAUCAGUCGGGCGAGGUGACAGAGUUCGAUCCUUUCAAGCCUUUUUUUGAGAAGGCCAAGGAGUACGAGAUUGCAGUCUGUGUUGGAUAUGCCGAGCUGACUGAGGAGAAGGAGCACUUCAACACGUCUGUAUUUGUGGAUCAGAAGGGCAACAGCAUCAACAAGUACAGAAAGAUGCACUUGCCUGGUGACAAGGAGCCCUUAGAAAACGUUCCGUGGCAGCACCUUGAAAAAAGAUACUUCCUGGAAGGAAACUAUAAUUGGACAGCGUUCAGAUGGCCCGGCACCGGAACUGGAAACGGAGGCCCAGUUGUGGGGCAACUGAUCUGCAAUGACAGACGCUGGGCGGAGUCGUGGAGAAUUUUGGGACUGCAGGGUGCAGAGAUUGUUUGUAUUGGGUUCAACACUCCCGUUUCCAACAAGGCCGACUCCGACGGCCAGAUGGUGAAUGCGGAUGCAAACGAGGAGAUGGCCAGCUUCCACAACGACAUCUGUUUGCAGUACAACUCGUACAAUAACUGCUGCUAUUCGUUGUGUUCUGCCAGAACGGGUGUUGAUGACGGCAAGUAUUCGCUGAUUGGUGGCUCAACAAUUGUGGAUCCUGAAGGAGUCAUUCUUGCCAAAACCAAGACCCAUGACGACGAGCUUAUCUGGACUGAGGUCGACCUGGACAGAUGUUAUCCACCAAGAGGCCGGAUUUUCAACUUUGAGCGGCACAGACGUCCUGACCAAUACAAACGGAUUGUUGAGCAAAAAGGAGUCAUUUAUCCUCCACCUCAGCUCUGGAAACCGCUUCUUACCGUCAGCAAUAAGACUGGCUGUGUCUUCUUCGCUCACGCUGGAGCUGAGGUCACCAGGCUGUUUUGUUCCACCCAGAAUCACUCCGCCGUCCAAUGGACGUGGAAUCACAAACCGGAACCUGCCAUCUGCCAGCUGGUACGUGAUGGUUUCCUUGCGGUAAGGACAGUUCUCGGGAGCUUUCACCAACAGGGUUUGGCCCCUGAUAGGGAACGUGGUUGGGUCGUAGCCACCACGGUACUGCAGUCCACGGCCAGAACAAUUGAUAAUAAUGUUCCCUGGGAACAUCUUUGCCACUUGCUCCAACGAGCCAAGGCUUUCCUGGACAAAUUUCACGCCGAAGAACAUCUCCAGUCUUCUCUCUAG